GGGCUCCUGCUGUCCUCUGGCGGCCAGCCGGAAAUUGCAAGCCAUUCAUUAAUUUCCUCCUCCUCCUCCUCUUCCUUCCCCUCCCCUCCCCUGCCCAGGACCAAUCGGAGGCCCGGUAGCCCCACCUCCUCACCCUACCCAGCUGGGCCGCCAGUGUAAAUACCAACAGACCGAGCAAGGGAGAGACAGCUUGAGAGAGCAAGGAGCAAGCGCUAAGGCAGCUGAGAGCUGAGACCCCGCAUGCGAGCAGGGUGCAAGAUCACAUCCUGCACCCGGCAGCUGCUCCGACCUGGCCAGGAGGUGAGGCCAAGGGGUUCACUGGCCCAGCCGUCCGUCGGGCUGGCAUGAUGCUGGGGGACAGGGUGGGGGCCGUUCCCUGUCGUGAAGGCUGAGCGCAGCUGCUCCCGGCUAGGCUGGGACGGGAUGGCACUGUUGAGAGCCGGGUGCACUCGGCUGAGGGAACAGCCAGCAUCCCUCUGAUGCCUGGGUUUGCCCCAGGGGAUCGCACUUUCCCUGGCUUUUGUGGGUCCGCCAAGCACAGCUAGCUCACGGGACAUUUUGUAUCAAAGUCGUGGAAGCCACGCCGGGAGGAUUUGUUCCUCUUCCCACUUCGAAGGUUGCCAGGAACCCCCAGGCCAACUCCUGGGGUGAGGGUGGGAUCUGCUGUCCCGGGGGCUGGCUACCCCCAUCCCCACCCCGCUAUGGCCUCUCUGGCAUUGGUCGGGAUGCUGUGGGCGUGGCUCCAGACGGUCCACGGGAACUACGGGGACAACGUGUCCCAUGCCCUGCACCACUGCCCCAAGGUGUGCAUCUGUGCCUCGGACCUGCUCAGCUGCUCCAACCGAAACCUCCACGUCGUGCCUGCGCCCCUGCCCGUCAUGACCACCACGCUGGACCUCAGCUACAACAUGCUCCCCCACCUCCACCCCGGCUGGCUGGCCGCCCUGCCCCGCCUGCGCAAACUCCGCCUGGCCCACAACCAGCUGAGGAGUCUGGCCCGGGGCACCUUCCACAACGCCAGUGGGCUCCGCUGCCUCGACCUGUCCUCCAACGGCCUCCACGCCGUGGGCCGCCAUGACUUUGAGGGGCUCCUGGAGCUGGAGGAGCUGCUGCUCUACAACAACCACAUCGGCUCUGUGGAGCGCGGUGCCUUCCGCGGGCUGGGGAGCCUCAGCCGGCUCUACCUGAGCUGCAACCGCCUCACGGAGUUCUCCUUCCGCGACCUGCACGGGCUCAGCCCCCGGAAGCUGCGGGUCCUCGACCUCUCCACCAACCGGCUGGACAGCAUCCCCGUGAAGGAGGUGGUGGCCCUCCCCGCCUUCAUCAAGGACGGCCUCUAUCUGCACAACAACCCCAUCCGCUGUGGCUGCAGCCUCUACCACAUGCUUCUGCGCUGGAGGCAGCGCGGCUUCCGGUCGGUCUGCGACUACCUCGAGGAGCACGUGUGCGUGGCCUUCGAGGUGCCCUCCUCCCGGGUGCGCUUCUUCACUCACAGCAAAGUCUUCGAGAACUGCUCCUCGCUGGGCCCCAGCCCGGAGCGGCCCGACGUGCACCUGGAGGUGCAGCUGGGCCAGCCGCUGCUCAUCCCCUGUGACGCGGGCGCCCCCGCCACCCGCUAUGCCUGGGUCUCCCCAAGCAAUGAGCUCGUCGUGUUCCCGGGCAACAAGGACAACUCCAUCCGGGUGCUGAGCAACGGCAGCCUGUCCAUCCGGAAGGCGCAGGCCAGCCACGCAGGGGUCUUCGUGUGCCUGGCCGCCGGGAGCCGCCUUCACCACAACCAAACCCACGAAUACAACGUCACGGUGCGCCCCGCCCCGCACGAGUCGGAAUCCUUCAACACGGGCUUCACCACCCUGCUGGGCUGCGUGGUCAGCCUGAUCCUGGUCUUGCUCUAUCUCUUCCUGACGCCCUGCUCCUGCUGUUGCCGCUGCUGCCGGCCAGGGCCGCUCAUUCCGCCCCAGGAGUGCAGCGCUCAGUCCUCCAUCCUAAGCUCUACCCCGCCUGCUGCCGACGGGCCCGGGCGCAAAGCCAGCACCCACAAACACGUGGUCUUCCUGGAGCCCGUCAAGGAGGGCCAGAAUGGCAGGGUCAAACUGGCCGUCAGUGAGGACUUUGACCUGAGGAAUCCUAAGAUCCUGCAGGUCAAAUCGGACUCGGAGUCCAUCAGCUCCAUGUUCUCCGACACGCCCAUCAUGUCCUAGCAGGUGUCGUGGGGGGGCAGUCCGGGCCUGGGGCGGGGGUACAGGAGGCCCACCUAGGUCCGUAGUGCUGGGGUUUCCUCUUUAGAUCAAUACCUCUGCUGUUCCAUCUGUCAGCCUUGCCUGCAGCCCAUCCCCCCUCCAUUAAACACAACGCAAACUUGCCAGAAAGGAGGCCGGUAGUGGCAGCUGCCCAUGGACUCAGUUUCUCAUCAGGACCAGCCCAGAGGCAGGGAGAGUAGGGAAAGGUGCAGAGUGGGGCCAGAGUCCUGUCUGUCACAGCUGAGGCACCCCUCAAAGUGGGGAAGAAAAAAGGCCCAAAGAUACAACUAGCUGCUGUUUCCCUGAGUUCCGGGCCAGACCAUCCAGGUCAGGGCAUGGGGAGAAAUUGUCCCAGGAAUGGGGAGGGAGCCAAGCUUCUCUCCGCGUGGCCCUGUGCUGGGGGUGGGGUGGGGACGCUCUACAAAGCACCUGCCCCUGGCCCAGCCACUGGGAUGGAUCUCUAAGAGUCUUCUAUCCAUCACCCAGAGCAAACAGUUCGGACCCCCAAACUGUCUUUCCAGACCUCUGGGGGCUGAAGCUGAAUUGAAAGUUUCUCAGCUCCCAAGAUGCUUCCAGGCUCUUGAGGUCACCCCCCCCCCCCACCUCUAUGGCUGAAAAGAAAUCCCAACAGUUCACCGGGGGGCUGGAGCUUGUCUGUACAGCCUCAGUCUGAGCACUCUGUCGGUACUCCCCCCCAAGGGCUCUCACAGACCUAGGCACCAUGGAAGCCUUUGAAGUCUCCUUCAGGACAGGAAUAGUUUCCUCUUAAGAACAGUCUCUGCCUUUUACAGCAUUAAUACCUGGGCUAGCUCGCCCUGCAAGAAACACGGGGCCCAGGAGACAGAAGGAAGAGAAACCGUCACCUAAGGGAAGCAGUGUCACCAUUCCUGGGCCCUGAUUGUCCAGGAAUUUAUCUACCGGAAAAUAAUCAGCCCCCAGACUGAUCCAAGUAGGGGCAUGGCGGGAUUCCUCAAGGUCUUUCUUAAAGCUGACUUUGCAUUGGACUCCCCCUGUAACCAGAACCGGAGAGGGAGAGGGAGAGGGAGAGGGAGGUGAAUGAGCUGGUCCUCUGAGUACAACUCCACUCCCCAGAAAGAGAAACUUGCCCAAAUUGCUGAAUAUUCUGGCAGCUGGUUGCAAAUCCCUGAGCGAAUACUCCUAUUAUCCCCCUUUUCCCAGUCCAGAACCUGUUCUACAUUCUCUAUGCUAGGUCUCCUUGAUAGCUCUACAAUAUUUAAUAAAGGACCCAAGGACAGUCACUAGGUAGCCUCUUCAUUCACCAUAAAGGCAACUUGAAUUAAAAAGGCCUAUUUUUCUAAA